CGGUAGAGGCGGAGCUAACACGCCGGAGGGAGACAGCGAUUGGUCGUUAGGAAGCAGCGAGAGCUGGGCGGGGGAGCUGGUGUGAUGGGAGGGGGAGGGAACGGGCGGUGCGCGCCCACAGGCCCUGGAAGGGCCGAGUAAGCCCGGUUGAGUGUGUGUGUGUGCGUGUGCGUGUGCGUGUGCGUGUGCGUGUGCGUGUGUGUGUUCCGGGGCCCCGGGCGCGCGCUCCCACCGCGCAUCCGGAAAAGGAGCCCGCGGGGCGGGGGGCGGGGGGAGGUAGGAGUGGUCGGUCUCCACUCGCGCACCCCCACGGCUCCGCGCGCGUUGGUUGGGCCCGCCGGCAGCCGUCGCUGAUUGGCUGUGUCCGGGGCGGGGGCGGGGCAGCGGCGGACGCUCGCCCGCCCUCCGCGGGUCUCUCUUGUCUUUUCCCGCCAUGUCGUUUGUAGCUAGCGCCAGGUCCGCGGCCGCUCGACGGCGCCGCCCGGUCGCCCCGGGCCCCGCGACUCGGCCUGGGUAUUCCGACUUCACUCAGGGUGAUGGCUGGGGCGAGGGCGAGGUCGACGAAGACGAGGGAUGCGACCAAGUGGCCCGCGACCUGCGGGCAGAGUUCUCAGCCGGGGCGUCCUCGGAGCCCAAGAGGGCCCCGCGACUCCCGGGAGUCGGAGACGGGUCGCCCGUCCUGCCCGAGAAGCGCAACGGCAUCUUCCCGGCCACUGCGGCCGCCAGAAGCCAGGCUCGGCGGUGGCCCGUCCAGGUCCUCUCCAUUCUGUGUUCGCUGCUCUUCGCCGGCCUCCUGGCUGUCCUCCUCGCCGUCGCCUACCUGAUCGUUAAAGAAUUGCAUGCAGAAAAUUUGAAAAAUGAAGAUGAUGUAGAUACUGGGCUGUUAGGGUUCUGGUCUCUGCUGACACUAUCUCUAACAGCUGGGUUCUCCUGUUGCAGCUUCUCUUGGACAGUGACUUAUUUUGAUUCUUUUGAACCAGGAAUGUUUCCGCCUACUCCUCUUUCACCUGCUAGAUUCAAGAAACUGACUGGACAUUCUUUCCACAUGGGCUAUAGUAUGGCAAUUUUGAAUGGCAUUGUAGCUGCUCUUACUGUGGCGUGGUGCCUCAUGUAGGGUAAUAUUGCUGGUGAAAGUCCUGAUUGUUUUAUAGUAACAGAAAUGAACAUUGCCUACUCAGAAGACUGAAAUGUGAUUCAGAUACAUACCGUCAUCAUCAUCGUCGUCAUUAUGGAAGACCUUAUAGAGCAUCAUUUCAGAUACUAGGCAAUGGGAAUAUUGGAGUACUUUCAAAUACUUUCUUAAAAGUAUAAGAUGUUUACCUCAUCUUUUUACUUUGGUUUAUGUAGUUUUAUAAGUUACAGAAAAUAUUUUAAUGAAAAUCAAACUUGGAAACUUGAAUACAGGAUAAUGCCUACCUUUCUAUGUAUACUCCUUUUUUUUCUAACAAAUGUUGAUAUUACUGGUUGAGAUAGAAGUAAUUCUUAUUUAUAUAUUACAUUAAAAAAACACUGCUAACCUACUGAACCAGGUUCCCUGGGUUGGAAGCCAGCCUGUAGCUGCACAGUGAGACCGGUUCAAAAAAAGAAGAAAGAAAACAAUGCCUUUGCUUUUUAACAUUUUAUAGAAACUAUAUCAGUGUUUGAUAAUCAGUAGAAUGUAAAUGUGCAUUUAUAUUUUUUAUGGAGUAUACCUAGGGGUUUUAUAUAUUUUCAUAAUAUUAAAUUUAUGUUUUUAAAAUGAUUACAUUUAUACCUAUAUGGCUGUAAACUUUAUUUCUUAGCUGGUGUAACCUGUCCUUUACUAAGUUUUUUUGUUUGUUUGUUUGUUUGUUUUUGUUUUUUUAAGCAUUAAGGCACAUUGAUUUGAGUUUAAGAUUAAGUAAAUUUAUUUUUUAACAAAAAUACGGAAAAUUCAGGGUAAACUAUUAGUCAUUAUAAUGUUAAGAAAUUUGAACUGUUAACCAUUUCUAUUUUCCACAAUUGAAAGUAUUUAUUUUGAUGUAUAUAUCAGGGUAGCAAAACUUGUACUACUUUGUUUUUAGUAAAAUGAAAACCUGAAUUUUUUUAAGUAGAAAAGGUAUUUUGAUAUUCUGUAUAUGUAUAUGUAAUUAAACUUCAAUGUGUAUGUUGUAAUACAUAGAUAUAUAGAUAUAUAGUUUUAUACUUUUUCUGCUUAAAUAUUUUGUCAUGUUAAGAAUUUUUGUUGUUUUCAUAGUAAUUAAUAAGCCUUAACUGUUUCUGUCCUGCUCGAUAUUCUAAGUGUUUAGAAAGUCAACUCAAUUUUAGAAAGUUGAAUGAUUUACACAGCUCUUUUUCCUGGCUGUAGAAAAACUUAGAUAAGGAAACCAUUGUGUAUUCUAGCUAAGUGGGAAAUGCUUAUGUUUAUGUAGUGCAUUUGCAGCCUCUGAUGAUUGCUGGGAUCUAAAAGUCUGACUUUUCCUCUAUAUUCUCAAAAAUAAGAAAAAAAGUCAUUUCCAUUUAAUUGGAAAUGGCUCAUAAUGUUCUAAUUUAAAAUGAGAGAUGAAGAGGGACAUAGAUAGGGUCUUACUAAAUACCAACUGUUCCAUCAAUUAUGAUUGUUAAAAAUGAUUCUACUGUUGUUUUUUAUUUGCUCUUUCUCAUACAAUAUACUUGACAUUAUUU